AGAAGAGUAGCUACUUGGGAUCUAAUUGUACUUUUCAAACCAGAAGUAUACAGUGCUUCAUCUCUUGUGUACCACCGAUGCUCAAACUGUUCACACCCACUCCUUCCCUCCUUCUCUCGCAAGAUCGUGCUGUCACUUCUCGCCAGACCUGAGCAGUGAGUCGCGUGUUAAAAGGAAGUGACAGCGGUAAAAGGCCAUUUUCAAUCCCCCUAGGAGGGCAGGAGAAGAUAAGAUGCCGACCCUCCUGCAAAGUAUGGAUGAGACAGAGAAUUACCAACAAAGGCUGCAAGCUAUAGCGGAAAGGCGUCGCCACCAGGAAGAAGAAGAGAAGCUGAGGAGGGAAACAGACGAGGAGUGGUUGAAGACAGCUCAGAAAAAGAGGAAGUCCUUGAGGGACCAGUGGCUUAGUGAAACUGCCCCAGCUCCUGUCCUUCCUUCACUUGUCAGCUUUAGGCCCUGUCCUCCAAUGCAGGACGAAGCAGACGAGUACACAGCUUUGGAACAAACCAGAAGUCAAAAGAUGCCUGAAUACGAGGAGGACGAGGCAGCAGAUGCCAGCAAAUAUAAAGAAGCUUUCCAAGAGGAAAACAAAAAAUCUGUCAAAUAUACAGCCGCAGCCAGAACAUACAACAAUCAGGCUGGAGCUGACGAGGACGUGCAAGUGGAUAAAGAGGCUGAGGAUCACUUCUCCAUGUCAAUGACACACAGCAUAUUUCAUGAACGUGGGAAAGAUGCCCGAUCAGUGGAUAAAGAGGCUGAGGAUCACUUCUCCAUGCCGAUGCCACACAGCAUAUUUCAUGAAAGUGGACUAGAUGGCCGAUCAGUGGAUAAAGAGGCUGAGGAUCACUUCUCCAUGCCGAUGCCACACAGCAUAUUUCAUGAAAGUGGACUAGAUGGCCGAUCAGUGGAUAAAGAGGCUGAGGAUCACUUCUCCAUGCCGAUGCCACACAGCAUAUUUCAUGAAAGUGGACUAGAUGGCCGAUCAGUUGAUAAAGAGGCUGAGGAUCACUUCUCCAUGCCGAUGACACACAGCAUGUUUCUUGAAAGUGGGAAAAAUGCCCGAUCAGUGGAUAAAGAGACUGACGUUCACUUCUCCAUGCCAAUGACACACAGCAUAUUUCAUGAAAGUGGGAAAGAUGCCCGAUCAGUGGAUAAAGAGACUGAGGAUCACUUCUCAAUGCCGAUGCCACACAGCAUAUUUCAUGAAAGUGGGAAAGAUGCCCGAUCAGUGCAUAAUGAGGCUGAGGAUCACUUCUCCAUGCCGAUGCCACACAGCAUAUAUCAUGAAAGUGGGCAAGAUGGCCGAUCAGUUCUGGGAAUGCUGGCAGUGCAGGUAGAGAGAGACCCCAAGACAGGUGCCACUGUUGUCAGGUCAGUGGCCCCCGUGUCCACGCCAGCUGAUGCUCCAGUGGCUGCCACUGUCUUCGACGAUGGCAGGAUGAGCAUCCACACUGUCGGUGGGUCAGGAGUUCAACCCUCGACCGAAGAGCUCGGACAGAUCUUGAGCGUCAUCGAUGGGGUCGGGAUGAAAGUGCUGCUGGAUGAGGUCCCGGUCAUGCCAAACAAGGCAGAGACAAAUAUAGAGGAUAUAGAACCCGACAGAGCUCCAGAGGGUAAAGUCCUGUCUUUUUCCACCCGUCAUGACAUGUCAGAGGAGAGCAGUACGCAGUUAGACAGUUCCGGAAGCCACGAUUCUGAGGCUGAGAUGGGGAUAGAGGGUUGUGCUGUAAGUGUGGGGGAGGAGGUUCAAAAAGUGGACGGACACAUGAUCGAUGUUACAGACAUGGUAGGAAAAGUAGAUAGCAUCGAGGAUAACACUUUGGAGGAAGGCCCAGUCACCCUCGUGUUCAUGGGAUACACUGAUGAUACAACUGGAGAAAGUGUGUGUCUGGGACAAGACGACCAUGAAGGAAUGCUCACUGUGGAACGAGUGAUGAUCACUGAAGAUGGCGAAGAACAUGUCAUAGGACCUCAGGCAACAUUAGAUAAUGUGGCAGAACAAGAGGCAAAGAAAGAGCCCAAAGAGGAAGCAUUUCAGGACGUUCCCCUGGAUGGAAAUGGAGCCGGAGUUAAAGUCCUUGGAGACAAAGGUGAUAAUGGGCUGCAUAAUUCAUCUCCACCCAGUAUUGCAGAGGGAGAAAUCACUUCAAAGCGCAAGACCUGUCAGUGUUGCUCUGUCAUGUAAGAAAUGAUUGAGGAGAGAGACUCCCUCAGUUAUCAUCAGCCUUAAUCAUAUCAUUUCUUAUAUUUUUAUAUGCUUACACCUUCUAUUAGACACUGUAUGCUGCAUUGCUGCCCUAAUGACUGCUUUGAGACCAUAAACCCACCACCUGGUAUGGUCUUAUGAUGGUUCUGUCUCUGAGCACACACCACUUCACUUCCCUUUGCCAAAGAAAGACACAUUUAUUAUGCUGUAUGCCUUUUAUAGCAGCUGUGGACUAACAACAUCUCUUUAUCAAAAACCACUUCCUCCCCCUAGUGGCCAAAGUAAAGAAUUUCAACCUCACAAUUUCAUACCUCACCUCUGAAAACUCAACAUUUUCUCUGCUGUGGGACUUGUUCUGUGCCUUAAAAGAUAACAUGUUUAGCAUGGUUUUCUCAAGAGAUUAAAGUAAUUUACAGUUUGGGACACAUAUAUUUCUAACACUGAUCUUGGUAUGAUUUAUGGUUUUAAUUCAAUGUGAAUUUGAAAAUGUUUUAAUAUUUUAAGAUACCUUUACCUUUUUUACCCCUCAUCUUCUGUUUUAAGUAAUUUUUUAGACUCAAAAUCCUUCAAUUGGACUGCUACAGAAAUAUAUUCUUAGCACUGAAACUGUAUUUAGGCAAUUAUGCAGGGAAAUAAAAUGUUUGUCAAAUAUAUAUUUUAAUAAAUAUAUUUUAGUUGCUAAAUUAAUAUAGAAAAUGUGAGAAAACAUUUUGUUGCCUUAAAAAAUUAUGCAAAUCAAAAAUCUUCAGGGUUGGUGGAGUUGAACUGAGGGAAUUUGAACUCCUUCUAAAAAUCCUGUCUAUGAUCCUGUUACUAAUGUCUGCUUAAAUAUUUAAUUAUAGCUGUCACUGUAAUUUGGUAAAUAAAUAAUAAAUAAUGUGUGUAUAACAA